AUGAGUGAGAAUACAUUGUUCAUAGAAAGACAAACUUCCGUUAUGACAGAAAUGGUAAAAGGAGAAGAAAUUCUUGUUGUGGUUAAACAAUGCAAUUUUGUAUUAACAGUAACCUCAAAUACAAAAGUAUUAGAAGGUGCAGAAAUUUGUUGUGAAUUACUUUAUGACUCACCUGAAUUAAAACCAGUAAGUUUUAUAAAUCAACCUCCAAUAAAAUAUAAAGCACUUCAAGCGAGUGAACAUUCAUUGAAUGUUGAAUGUAAAUUAAAUGUAUUAUCAAGUCAACAUGAAGACCACUUUUUUAGGGUCAAAGUUACUGUCUUACUUGAAGGAAAAAAUAUAGGGGAUGUAUUGUCUUCACCUAUACGUUCUAUAAGUAAACUAGACCCACAUAAGAAAGAAUUAAUUAAAAAGAAAAAAUCUGAAGCUCAUAUAGUUAUUCAUUCAACAGAAAAGAAACCUAAGACUCUUACUUAUCUAGAAGAAAAUAAAAAUAAUAAAUCAUUCACUCUAACUAAUUUACUAACAAUUCUCUCUCAAAAUACUGCUUUAUUAGAACAGAUAAAACAAAAACAAUCAAAUGAAGAUGAUCUCUCUUCUUUAGAAAAUGGAUUUCUUUGUUUUAUUGAUCGUUAUAAUCAAAGUGGACGUAGAAAAAAUUUAAUUAUUGACGCUAUAGCAAGGUUAAAUGAUACUUCAUUACAAGGAUUAGAUGAAAUUGCAAAUGUUGUUGAAGCAACACUUCCUGAUGAAAGAAGAAGAACUUCUACUGAGUAUGAUUAUCCUUAUUCUUUACGUAAUACUCAACGAGAUUACCAACUACCAUCUUUUGCUCCACCACCAGUAAAGCCAUUUAUUAAUUAUACUAACCCAUUUCUACGAUAG